AUGUCUCAGCCAGAACCCCAGAAGAUGAUUCCGACUCCGAAAACAGACGUGAUGAUGAGGCCACGCUCUCCUCGACCCGUCUUCCCAAACAAAGACCAGCGCACAAGACUACGGGCACGUAGCCAGAUCAGGCCAAUCACAGACCGCAGAAUCCUAAACUACUAUUGCUUUCCGAACCUCGCAGAUGAACUCCACGAAAUCGUCGAGGCUGGCGGCUCUUUCAGUGGAUCAGACACGGACGAGGACUCGGACUACGAACUACCACCCAUGACCAUCCACCGAGAAGGAAAUGACCUACCCAAAACACGAAUCAAGUGGUACAGCGAAGGCGAGAAGUGUGCUGCCAGAGAGUUGGAAAAGCUGCCUCGAGACACAGCAUUCUUGGAUGAUAGAGACGAAUGGUUUGGAUUCAUGGUUAUACCCAAAGACGAGUCUGCGUCCGAGGAUGAUGCUGAAUUAGACUCUCCUUCCCGACAACUCAGGGAAGAGCUGUCUCAAAUGUCGCAAUCGGAGUCCCCGUAUGUGGAUGAAGAUGAUGACAGUCAACCCAUCAUUACACCAACUCACGACAAGGUGAUGCUGUUCGUCACCAGAGAGGUCGCGCCCACUCCUGCGGAAUUGAACAGACUGUCGCCCGGUUCUACGAGGGUGCCCGAGUCAUACUACAGAGAUGUUGAACAGGAGCAUGAGCGUAAGCGUAAGCGCGAGCGAGACAGCCUGACGACAUUCAAGAUCUAUCGUACAGCAACCGGCUUUACCAGAGAAGAGAUACCUCCAGCCGUACUAUAG